AUGCGACGUUUUGCCACUCGCGCGGGAGGUAUGUCUUCUUGCCGGCUGGCGGCCACCUCCGCCUUCGCCCGUCCCGCACAGUGGGCGCGCACCCUCACCAACGGUCCUCACAAGCACCUCGACUACAGGAAGAAGUCCUUCAUCGAGCCGCUGCUGGUCGAAAAGAAGGGCGUUGAUCUGAUCCACGAUCCCAUCUACAACAAGGGCACGGCCUACCCUUACUCCGAGCGCGACCGCCUCAACAUCCGCGGACUCGUGCCUCCCCGCUGCACCACCAUCGAGGAGCAAGCCAAGCGCGUGAAGACAAGGUUCGACCACAUCACGGACGACCUCCAGAAGUAUUCGUACAUCUCCAACCUGCGCGACCGCAAUGAGACCCUCUUCUACCGCAUGGUCAUGGACAACAUCGACGAAAUGGCGCCCAUCAUCUACACGCCGACCGUGGGCAAGGCCUGUAUCGAGUUCGGCUCCCAGUUCCGCCGCGCGAGGGGCAUGUAUUUCUCGAGCGCGGACAUGGGCCAAAUGAGCGCCAUGAUCUACAACUGGCCCGAGAAGCACGUGGACGUGAUCGUCGUGACCGACGGCAGCCGCAUUCUGGGCCUCGGCGAUCUGGGAGCGCACGGCAUGGGCAUCCCUAUCGGUAAGCUAUCGCUGUACGUGGCUGCGGGCGGUAUUCACCCGGCGCGCACGCUCCCCGUCACCCUCGACGUGGGCACCAACAACGAGAAGCUCCUCGAUGACCCGUUCUACCUCGGCAGACAGCACCGCCGGCUGACCGGUGAGGACUACUACAACGUGGUCGAGGAAUUCAUGAGCGCCGUGAAGCUGAGGUGGCCCUCGUGCCUGGUCCAGUUCGAGGACUUCAGCAACGCCAACGCAUCGAACCUGCUCGAGAAGUACCGAGACAGGCAUCUCUGCUUCAACGACGACAUUCAGGGCACCGGGUCGGUCGCGCUGGCCGGUAUUCUGACGGCGCUCCGGGCGCAGGGCAAGGCGGCCAAGGAGAUCACCAAGCAGCGCAUUGUGUGCCUCGGCGGCGGCAGCGCCGGACUGGGCGUCAUCAACAGCUUGAUCGACGGCAUGGUCGAAGAGGGCCUGCCGCGUGAGGUGGCGAACAAGAACGUGUGGGUGGUCGACGCCGACGGUCUGAUCGCGCAGGGCCGUUCCACCAUCUCCGACGCCCAGAAGCCCUUCGUCAGGACCGACCUCCCCAACGGCCUCAAGCUCAAGGACACCGUCGACAAGGUCAAGCCCACGAUCCUGCUGGGCCUGUCGGGCGCCGGCCGAACGUUCACGGAGGACGUGGUGCGGAGCAUGGCGGCCAACACGGAGCGGCCGAUCAUCUUCCCCCUGUCCAACCCGACCGACCACGCCGAGUGCACGGCCGAGGAGGCCUUCACCUGGACCGACGGCCGCGCCAUCGUCGCCAGCGGCAGUCCCUUCGACCCUGUCCAGUACAAGGGCAAGACCUACUACCCCUCCCAGGGCAACAACAUGUACAUCUAUCCGGGCAUCGGCCUGGGCGUGGUCUGCUGCCGCGCAAAGAAGGUGACGAACGCCAUGUUCUACGCGGCCGCCAAGAAGCUGGCCUCCAUCGUGCCCGAGGAGGACGUGCAGGCCGGCAGGGUCUACCCCGACAUCGCCAAGAUCCGCGAGGUCUCCAAGCAGAUCGCCAUUGAGGUGUGCAAGGAGGCGUUCGCGAGCAACCUGGCGACGAUCCACCCGCCCAACAACGAGCGGGAGCUGGAGUACCUGGUGGAGAACGCCAUGUACAUCCCCGAAUACGCGCCCCUGGUCCACGCCCCCAACAUCUUCUCGCACGCCGCCGACCCCAACCCCUACGACUAG